GAAGAGAAGGCAGCAGAGAGAGGAGGGAGGGAAGGAGGGGAGAGAGAAAAAGCAGCGGAGCAGCGCAAGCCACUAGACAUGAAACCCAGAUAUAAGAGCGAAAUUAGCGGGAAUGAUCGGGAAAACAUAACUUCUUCACAACAGAGUUCUGUUUCAGACUGAAAACGACACAAGGAGCAGGCGACGAGACUUGGCCGCUCUCGGCUUUUAUUUAAGAAGGCAAGCGAACUCGGAGCGAAAGAAAACAACAGUGAGGGGGGGGAGAGAGAAAAGAGAGACGAGGAUUACACACAACAGUGACAAUAAAACAACACUCCUGGUCUGCCUGGUGCUGAGGGUGAGCUCCGCAUGAUUAAAAAAAACCCAGGAGAUACCGGGUAACAGGUAUUUCUCUGCGCUCGUUGUGCGCGAUUUAUUCCCAAGCAGCGUUUCUGCGUGAACUUUAAACUCAGGAAACAAUGAAGACCUAGUCAGCAAGAACUCAUCAAGUGUCUCGACGCUGCUAGCCGUCCUGCUAGCGUUAGCCAGCGGAGGGGCUUGCAAAGCUAAAAGGGAGCUAAGUUAGCUGUUGGCUAGCGUUAGCUUGCUAGCGGAGCGUGCUUCUUUCCGAAACUUUUUUGUUUUGUGUUGUUUGCACGAAGCCCAAAACACUGACGCGUUACUCCGAGGACAGAGGGGAAGGGCAGGUUCCCUUCUGGACUUUCCUCCCCCCUCUGCACACUUUUCUAACAUGAUGGCUACAGAGGUCAGCGGCGAGGAUACGGGUUCGGUCACGGCGGGGACAGGGGUGGCAGGCGGCGGCGGAGGAGGAGGAGGCCCGGAGACGGCCCCUUUCUCCUACUGUCCUAAGCCGAGCAGAGUGCAAGUCACCGAGCUGGGACAAGGGCCGACCCAAGCCCUGCGGCAGAACUCGAACACUUCCCCGGACUCGCUGCCCGACACGAGUGUCUACCCGGCUGCCGGCGGGGAGAUAACGGGUCCGGUGCCCUCCGCGGCUGGGAGUGGCGGACAGGCAGUUUUCCAAGGAGCCAACUCAGGGACGGGGGGCGGCGGCGGCAUGUGCAACUCUCCCACCUCGGAGAGUCCGACUAGCCGGAGCUCUCCCACAUCCACAGGCCCGGACGGCUCGGCGGGCUUCCCACCUCUGCCGCCGGCGCCCCCCAUGGAUGAAGGCGAGCUGCCGGAUUGGGGGGACGAGGAAGACCUGGUGUUUCCCCUCUCUGCGCCUCCCACGAACCAGUGGUACCAUGGCAAACUUGACCGAACCAUCGCGGAGGAGCGUUUACGCCAGGCCCGGAACCCUGGCAGCUACCUCAUCAGGGAGAGUGACCGCCGGCCCGGUUCAUUUGUUCUGUCUUUCCUCAGUAUGACCAAUGUGGUCAACCAUUUCAGGAUAAUUGCCAUGUGUGGGGACUAUUACAUUGGUGGUCGACGGUUCUGUUCCUUAUCGGACCUGAUUGGUUACUACAGCUACGUGUCUUGCCUAUUAAAAGGAGAGAAACUCCUGUCACCAGUGGCACCUCCAGAGCCUGUAGAAGACAGGAGGAGAGUCAGGGCCAUACUUCCAUACACCAAAGUGCCAGAUACCGAUGAGAUCAGCUUCCUGAAAGGAGACAUGUUUAUUGUUCACAAUGACCUGGAGGAUGGCUGGAUGUGGGUGGCCAACGUUCGCACGGGAGAGCAAGGGCUCAUCGUGGAGGAUCUGGUGGAGGAGGUGGGCCGAGAAGAGGAUCCACACGAGGGAAAAGUCUGGUAUCAUGGAAAGAUCACCAAGCCGGAGGCUUACACCCUUCUUAUGUCAGUUGGCCAGGUUUGCAGCUUCUUGGUCAGACCGUCGGACAACACCCCUGGGGACUACUCCCUGUUUUUCCGCACUAGUGAAAACAUCCAAAGGUUCAAGAUCUCCCCAACGCCCAACAAUCAGUACAUGAUGGGAGGGAGGUACUAUAACAGUCUUGACGAUAUCAUUGAUCAUUACAAGAAAGAACAGAUCGUUGAGGGCUACACCCUGAAGGACCCAGUUUCAGUACAGCACCAGGAGCAAGUGCUAACUGACAUCACGGAUGGGAGAGAGAUUUAUAACACUAUAAGACGGAGAACAAAAGAUGCUUUCUACAAAAACAUAGUCAAAAAAGGCUAUCUCCUCUUCAGCAAAGGAAAAGGAAAAAGGUGGAAGAACCUGUACUUCAUCCUGGAGGGCAACGAUGCACAGCUCAUCUAUUUUGAAAGCGAGAAGAGAGCUACCAAACCCAAAGGGCUGAUAGACCUAAGCGUGUGCUUUGUGUACGGGGUGCACGACAGUCUGUUUGGCAGGCCAAACUGUUUCCAGAUUGUUGUCCAGCACUUUAGUGAGGAACAGUACAUAUUCUACUUUGCGGGAGAGGCCCCAGAGCAGGCGCAGGAUUGGAUGAAAUGCCUUCAGACGUUCUGUAGCAACCUAAGAAAAACAACCGUACCAACAUCCAACAAAAGGCUUCGGCAGGUGAGCAGCCUGGUGCUGUAUGUGGAGGAGGCCCACAAGCUGCCGGCCAAGUAUUUCACCAACCCCUACUGCAACAUCUACCUGAACAGCGUCCAGGUUGCUAAGACUCAUCCGAGAGAAGGGCAGAAUCCCGUCUUCACCGAGGAGUUCAUCUUUGACGACCUGUCCAGUGAAGUAAACAGAUUUGAGAUCAGUCUGAGCAACAAAACGAAGAAGAGCAAAGAAAGUGACAUCUUGUUCAUGCGCUGCCAGCUCGGCCGGUUGCCGAAGGGUCAGAUGAUUGAUGAGUGGUUCCCCCUGAGCUCCCACGUUCCUCUGAAGGGCAUAGAGCCGGGCUCUCUGCGGGUACGCCACCGCUACUCCAUGGAGAAGAUCAUGCCUGAGGAGGAGUACAGUGAAUUCAAAGAGAUGAUCUUGCAGAAAGAUUUCCAUGCAAUCUACGCCUUAGCCAGUGUUUGCGGUCAGGACCGCACGCUAUUGGCGAGCCUCCUCCUGCGGAUCUUCAGACACGAGAACGCUGAAGCACCCCUGCUGAGGACCCUCAACGACAGAGAAAUUAACAUGGAGGAUGAGGCAACAACGUUGUUCAGAGCGACCACACUGGCCAGCACGCUCAUGGAGCAGUACAUGAAGGCUACAGCCACGCCCUUCGUCCACUAUGCGCUAAAAGACACCAUCCUCAAAAUCAUGGAGAGCAAACAGUCCUGUGAGUUGAAUCCUUCCAAACUAGAAAAAAAUGAGGAUGUUGCUGCGAACCUGGCUCACCUUCUCAACAUAUUGUCUGAGCUUGUGGAGAAGAUCUUCAUGGCUGCGGACAUCCUACCGCCGACGUUAAGGUUCAUCUACGGCUGCCUGCAGAAGUCGGUUCAGCGGAAGUUCCCCAGCAACCAUACCAUGCGGACAAGGGUUGUUAGCGGCUUUGUCUUUUUAAGGCUGAUCUGCCCGGCCAUCCUCAAUCCCAGAAUGUUCAACAUCAUAGCUGACCCCCCAUCUCCAACAGCAGCCAGGACACUUACCCUAGUGGCCAAGUCUGUCCAGAAUCUGGCCAACCUGGUUGAAUUUGGUGCCAAGGAACCCUACAUGGAGGGUGUGAACCCCUUUAUUAAAAACAACAAGCAUCGGAUGAUUAUGUUUCUGGAUGAGCUGGGCAACGUCCCUGACCUCCCUGAACAGCCGGAGUCCUUCAGGACGGACCUGUCGCGUGACCUGGCUGCUCUUCACGAGCUCUGUGCCACACACUCGGACGAGCUUCGCACUCUGAGCAACGAGCGGGGUGCUCAGCAGCACGUCUUGAAAAAGCUGCUGGCCAUCACGGAGCUCCUCCAGCAGAAGCAGGCUCAGUAUGCCAUGUCCAACAGCAACAGGUAGUACUGCAGUCCAUUUCCCCGUCUUUGCGCCAAAUCACCUCCCCUCCCCGGAGUGCUGCCCCCCCCCACGCGGAGACCUAGCAUGCUCUUCCCUCAUCAGUGGAACCACUCUCCAUCAUGUCUUCGUCUGAUAGUCCCACCCAUCCUCACCUACCAUCUUGUCUUGUUCACCACAAAAGAGCUAUGCAACAACAUCUCAGUACAACAAGCAACUUGGCUCCUAAAAACAGAAAAAGGAAAAAAAAAAAAAAAAAAAACUUGCACCAGUGACUGAUUGCUACGUGUCUACCCUUCGGACUUUGUUCAAAACUGAUGUGGGUGCGUUUCGUCCAUUCACCAAGAGGACCAAAAUCUAAGGUUUUAUGGGUUCCUUGUACCUACAGUGCUUUACGGGCACAGAUUGCCAAAGUUACGGUCCCACACUUUGGACUCAGUCUGAGGAAACUGACAUGAAGAAGCUAGCGCUCUCAAGCCCCUUUAAUGGUAAACUGGAUUCUGAGCAAUUCUGCUUUUUAUACUGUAAUUAGUUACUGAUUAAUUUUAAAGGUGACAAUAUCUGCAAAACGCUGAAAGAGAAUUGUUCUUUUCAAAGUCUUGCAGAAAACUUAUUUUAUAUUAAUAAAGUCUCUUGCUGGAAUCAUGAGUAUAUAUGUGAGAUAAGCUGAAUUUCUUUUUUUUUUUUUUUUUUCCCCCCCCCCAGGUCAUAAUUGUAUCAGUUCUAUUUGAUUAUUUGGCUAUGGCUUCUUUUUUGGCUUUAAAACAUCCCUAUUGCCAGACAGGACACAUAAUCAAAGAAACCAAGUAAUACAAAGUUUACUGCAGUAUUUUUUUUUUAAAUACUACAGACUGUAUAACAGACAUGCAUGCACUUAUUAAACUGUUUUUGUAAAA